ACCGAGAGACUAGAAAUGAUUGUCUGCUGCCAAGGGAUUGGUGUUCUUGUCUCUGUUGCCAUACUCUCAGUGUCCACAGGACCUAUAGUGGUUCAAAAACGGGACAACCAAAGCAGCAAUGGAGUAAGCGAAGCUCUCAACUACGCACUGCAAUCCUACAACGUCAUGUCCAAGGAACAAUAUCUCUACAAGAGCCUUAACUUUACUUUACAAACAAUUCAGGUUAUGAAUGGGAAAGAGUAUGUGAUAGAUGCCGCGAUAGGAAGAACAGAAUGUCUGAAGGGGAUUUCUGCACAGUAUCUUUCUGAUUGCACUUUAAUGCAGAAUCCAGGUGACGUGCAGAUCUUGGCUUGCCAUUUCGUAGUCUUGACUUGGCAUGAUAAAAACAUUCUCCUACAAUCCAUCUGCAAAGAUAACCAAUAAACUAUAUAUAAUUACUAUCAAUUUUCUUGUAACUAGUAUAUAAAAUGUGUGCUUUUAAGCUAUUUCGAAUCAUUAGUAUACAAGUUAAUGUGCUGAAAGCAUUUGAGGAUUAAUAAUUACUGUUUAAAUGUGUAGAAAUAUGUCAAAAUAAACUUCCUGUAUAAUAUGUAUAACUGCUCAAUAUAUUAAUACACAAUUGUUGUUACUUAAUGUGUUUUGAAUUUUUUUAUUUCUUAUUCCAUAGUGACCAUUCUGACAAUUUCUCCUCAAAUUCUAGAAAUAAAAAACUGCCAGUCUAACAUUUAUUUUGUAUCACUGUGUAAUGGGAAAUAUGACGCCUUUGGUGCUUUACAUGCUUGAUAUCUAAGCCUUUAUCAUAUUUCUCUCUUUGAACCCAAGAACAUAAAAUUUGACCUUAGGUUAUGAAAGAUGGUAUCACGAUAAUUCACACCCACUGAUCAAACAAACCAAAAUUGAACUUCAGACUUCCAAAUCGGAGUGUGGAACCACCUAGUUGCAUGACAUUACAGCAAUUUUCCUGAGAAAUUGAAAGGUUUCUUGUAUCUAGUGACAUAACUUGCCCUUAUUAUUUCUACGUAUCAGAUGGCGCCAUCUCCACAUGUUACCAUCUUUAAUGAUGAUGAGAUCACUUUUUUCAAUUCCAACUAAUGGAAUCCAAAAAGAAUCGUAAUUUAAAAAAAAAAAAAUUCAAAACAAAGCUUUAAAUUAUACUGCAUAACAGAUAUGAAGUCUUGCAAAACAGGUACCCAUAAGAAUAUAUAUUUUUGUGUUUUUAAAUGAUUUCUAGAAAGCAAAUAUAUUUAUAAAUAAUUUUCAGCCUCAAUGUCUACUCAGUGCGAUGAAAUUAUAUUUUGGCUGAGACCCUACCUUUCACACCAGUGGUGACAGGCGCAUGCGUGCAAUGUGAUAGAGGUGACUCUCCUUUGACUAGUCAUUGGUCAGUACCCAGCUCCCGUGUGACAAAACUGCAAAAAAAGACAACCCUAUUUUUUUCGCCCCGGCAUCUCAGGCAGGGUGAAAGUUUUGGUACGAAUGUUUUAUUAUUUUUUGUUGUGGUGUGUUGUACUGUAUAUUCGUUUGGCACAUUGCAUCCGGUGCGAAUAGGCCUUU